GCCUGUCAGGGGCGGCGUCUGCGCCGGCAGUCAGUCAUGGCGGUGGACAUCACGCUGCUCUUCAAAGCCAGCGUGAAGACGGUGAAGACCCGCAACAAGGCGCUGGGGGUGCCGCUGGGCGGGGGCAGCAGCGACGGCUCCCGCGACGACACCCUCCUGCUGAAGCGCAGCAGCCCCCGGUGCAAAGGCGACUUCUCCGGCCGGGCCCGGGAGGUGGUGAAUAACAUUGGGAAACUGAAAGAUUUUCUUCUGCAGCACAGGAAAGAUUAUAUUAAUGCCUAUAGCCAUGUCAUGUCUGAAUAUGUGCGAAUGACAGACUCUGAACGAGACCAGAUUGACCAAGAUGCCCAGAUAUUUAUGAGAACAUGUGCUGAGGCAAUUCAGCAACUGAGAACAGAAGCCCACAAGGACAUCCAUUCCCCACAAGUGAAGCAGCAUAGAGAAGCUGUCUUGGAUUUUGUUGGAGACUAUUUAAAAAGAGUUUGUAAGCUGUAUUCAGAACAAAGAGCAAUUCGUGUCAAACGAGUAGUUGAUAAGAAAAGAUUAUUCAGACUUGAGCCUGAGCAGAGCAAUAAAUCCAAAGCAACGUCUCCUCUUGAAAGAGCUGGCCAGACAACCUCUGAAGAAUCUGAGGAAAAACUCAUUUAUGAAGGCAACAGAGAUAAGAAUGUGAUAGAUGAACAUGCUAAUUUUGGACUUUGGGGUGAUGGCAAAGGAGAAGAUGAGCUUUCACCUGAAGAAAUCCAAAUGUUUGAGCAGGAAAACCAACGCCUUGUCGGUGAAAUGAACAGCCUGUUUGAUGAAGUGAGACAAAUUGAAGGAAAGGUGGUUGAAAUAUCUAGACUUCAAGAGAUAUUUACAGAAAAAGUCUUACAACAGGAAGCUGAUAUUGACAACAUCCACCAGAUAGUUGUGGGUGCAACGGAGAACAUCAAGGAAGGCAAUGAAGACAUAAGAGAGGCAAUCAAGAAUAAUGCUGGAUUUCGUGUGUGGAUCCUCUUCUUCCUUGUGAUGUGCUCCUUUUCUUUGUUAUUCUUGGACUGGUACGGUAGCUAACCUUGGCCUAUUCACUACAUGUAUCACCUUGACUGAAGCCUGCUGAAGCCACCUGGACCAAUAUUGGCUGAAGAUGUUUUCUUUGCAAAGGUCUAUUGUAGUUCAUGCAUUUGCCAUGGUGGAAAUGUCUUGAUCAUCAGACACAUGUAUUUCUGUACAUUCUUCUGACAAAUGUUCUGGUCACAUUCAUUUUGUUAUUACGACUCAGGAACAGGCUGCAACAAGAAAAACCUUUAGAUAGCUGAUAGAAAUGGAGCAAGCGGCAGAAGAUCCACAAUAAAAAUGUAACGCUCGUUAUUGCAAUAUGAAGCCAUCGUGAAGUUAGGUUUAACUUCACGAUGUUUAACAAAGGAAACUGUUGUAGUCCAUGAACAGAAAUUGCUUUUCAGCCAUCUCUCCAAUAUCAGCUUUAAUCCCAUGGUCUCCCACUAAAUAAAAAUUACGUUGUACAUAUGGGUUGCUGGUUGUAGUUCUAUACCAUUACUCAGUGCACCUCUCUGAAAUUCAUAGCAAGUACUAGCACCUCUAGUAAUAAGCACUGUGCAAAAUUUACUUGUGGCAGUAUGACAAUUGUUUUAUACAGACCAUCUAUCUAAUAUGAGUUGCUGAAAUAUUGCCAAAUAUAGCAAAAAUAAGCCAAAUAUAGCACAUUUUUGUCCCAACCAGUAUACUCUUGCUUAAACUAGUGGCCUAAAUAAAUCUGCUGAUUCAAGGGAUACAGAGCAAGUUCCAGAUUGCAUUAUAUUAGAAAGGAACAGUUUGACUAUUUAGAAUGAGAUUAUUCACAGUUGGUAUUUCAGUUUACAUCAGAGGUGCUUUCUUGUUCAUUCUUUAAAAAAUACCACUAUAAAAAAAUAAGAAAUUGAAAUUCUUCCAUCAUGGCCAUAUAGAAUAAUCAUCAUUGGAAAUGAACCUUGAAAAAUUGGAAGACGUUCUGUUGCAAAUGCAGUCACUGGAAUCCUUCAUUUUUUAUUUAUACUAAAUGUAAUAUACAUGUGUGUAAACAUACUGAGUUUGAGAGAUAUGAUCAUACUUUAUUUUACACAGUGAAAAUGUCAAAAGUUACAUGUGAAUUUACAUUCAAUAGAGUACUGACUACUAGAAAAUACAAA